CCUAUUAGCCUGGCUUAGGUCGAAAGGGCUUCCCUGUUUCCUGCUUGACCUUCGUAGCGCAUCAAAGAGACUUCACUAAAUCACUUUUUUCUUUCCAAGUAGUCAAUUAGACUAGAGCCAACUAUUUGAUUCGGCUACACUUCUUGACUUCAUGAAUUUACAGAUUGAAAAUGAAAAAACCAUUUAGAGGGGGAUUUGCGGGUCUUAUUCACCACUUUCAACUGACUCCUUAUCCAAGGAACAGAAAGCUACUACAGAAGUCUCGGCUUACUAUCUUGACCAGCAAGAAAAGACACACAUUCCCAGCAGACUAUCUAGCUUCUUUGAACAAUCUUCUUGCUGUCUCUGAACCUUCUUCUCAGAAAAAGAAUGAGACCAAAGAGGCCAUGCAAAAAUAAAUUGGUGCACUCAAAUCCAAGAAGACUUCGGACAUUACCACCUAAUACAAAGGCUUAUAGGCUCUAAUGUAUAAGAUCCAGUCUCAUCCUGAUGGUUCUAUUGAGAGAUAGAAAGCGUCAUUAGUAGCUAAAGGGUAGACGCAAGUGAUUGGGAAGGAUGAUAAAGAGACCUUCGCUUACUAAAUUUUAAACUGUGAUGGUUCUAAUAGACUUGGUUGGCGACAGCUAUGGCCUAUCUACCAACUUGACAUUAAGAAUGCUUAUUUACGACGUAUGAGACCGUUUGCCUGUUUUCAUCCCCAUAUUUGUGGUAGGCCUCCCAUCCUCCCAUAAGGAUUGUAGAUUUGCUUCGCCCUCACCCAAUCGAAGGGACUCCUAGGGGUCG